ACCACCUCUUCCGACCUGUCUCUUUCUUCUCUCGAACCAAAUCGAUCGUCCCGGAAACCGCACCUCCGCAACCCCACCCAGAUGCAUAAUCGUCUCUUGGCCAUGGAGAAAAGCUGUGAAAUCGAGCUGCAGAGAAGAUUCAGGACCGAAAAUUAGGGCUUCGAUUCCGCUCGCGAUCGCCAUUGGUCGGCGGCUGAAUCAGCGCGAUCAAUCCUUCCAACAAUUUGGAAACUCGAGGAAAAGGGGGAUAAUGGGGAGGGAGGAGGACGGAGACCCGAAUCGGGAAAAUCCAGGGCCUCCGAACCGGACCCAUCAUCAUCAGGGGAAAAGGGAGGAGGAGGAGGAGAUGAAGCUCUGGGGCGUUCUUGCCUUCGGCCUAAUUGGCGCCACAGCUACCACUUUGGCGCAGGUUUCGCGUCUUCGGCAAACCGUAAAUUGGGUCUACGCUCAGUUAACCAGGUCGCAUGAAUCGGCAAAAUCUUUCAGAACGGCUUUUCAAGAGGAAGCUUGGAAGAGGUACAAUCGACGAAUGCAGGAAGCAUAUGAAGAAGAAAUGGAGAGAGUGGAGCGCAUAAGGCGUAUGCAGAGUGUGUUUAAUAGAGAAAGGAGUAAAUAUAAUAGGGGUUAUGAGAGCUGGAAGGAAAAUGAUGGUGGUGCAUAUACUCAGCAAUUCCAGCGGGAUGAUUGGUAUUGGAAGGCAGAUACAUCGUCCAGAUAUCGAAGUACUAAUUUCAGGAGAGCUCCGAGGGAGAAUGCAAGCUACCCAUUGUCACAUCAUUACUCAGUUUUGGGCCUUGAUAGGUCAAGGAAGACGCCAUACACGGAUGCUGAGAUCAAGACGGCAUUUAGGGCCAAAGCAUUGGAGUUUCAUCCGGAUCAGAACCAGGAUAACAAAGUGGCUGCUGAGGCGAAGUUCAAAGAAGUAAUGGUGUCUUACGAGGCCAUCAAAAGAGAACGGGAAAAUAAUUAGACCUAGCACAUUGGCUUAAUUCUAUAUAUGAUAUUCCAAGGAAUGACAUCAAGGAUGCAAUAGCAGAUGACGGAACGGUGCCGAUGCGCUACGUUUAAUUCCCAGGUCACUAACUGGGAAGAAGAUACUGCACCGGAUUACAAAUUUUGCAGAGUUAGUGGGCAUUUCUUGGACUUGUGUCCUGAUACCAGGGUGUCGGGGCAGAAUAAAAAUCUAUUGUGUAAAACCACGUGAGACGUGGUUAGGGAAUGUCUUUGUAGUGCAUGAUUGUUCGAUUGCACGGCACGGCACUCUUUAAUUGCCAAGAUGUCACUGAAAGUAAAGUCACUCAUUUGAGCU